AUGAGUGUACCCACUUAAAAUGGAUCACAUUUUAUGUUAUAUAUCAAAUAAAGAUAUUUUUGAUUAAUAUAUUUAUUUAUUUUAUUAUAGCUAUUCAUUAAUAAUGAAUUUGUAAAAUCAUCAUCCGGAAAGACAUUUAAUACACUCAACCCAGCUACUGGUGAAUUAAUUGUACAGGUUCAAGAAGGGAAUGAAGUAUGUUCUAUAAAUUAUAUUUAAGAGAAUAUGUUACAUAAUAACUCCAGUUUGUAAAUGCAUAACAUAGAAAAUAUUGUUUAGCAAGAUCAAUGUUGUGCUGUUAGUGUUAAUUUUAGAGUAAAUUGACCACUGCAAGAUUAUAAAAGAUCUUGUUUAAAAAUUAAAAUAUUUAAUAAAUUGAUUUACAAUCACAGAUUAUGUUCUUACCUUUAAGUUAGACAAUAGUCAAUUCACUCUAAUAUUAAAAAUUAUAGCACAAAAUUGUUAUUGCAUUUGAUUACUGGUAUUAUGUCUUAUUAGUGUUUUUAUAUUUUAUGUUUUCCAUUAUAUAAUUGUUGUUUGUUAUUGAUUCAGGUGGACAUAAAUAUUGCAGUGGCUGCUGCUCAAGAAGCGUUCAAAUUGGACAGCCCUUGGCGUACUAUGGAUGCUUCAAAACGCGGUGCACUUCUCAAUAAAUUAGCAGAUCUAAUCCAACGUGAUGCUGUCUAUUUAGCUGUAUGAUUUAACUAGAUUAUACAUUAAAAAUGAUAAUAAAAUAAUUUAUGUUUAAUUUUAGAGUUUGGAAUCUUUGGAUAAUGGUAAACCAUACAGUGUUGCAUUGUCUGAUGAUAUUUCAGGGAGUGCUAAUGUAAUACGUUAUUAUGCUGGUUGGGCUGACAAAAAUCAUGGAAAAGUCAUUCCAAUUGAUGGUAACUACUUUGCAUACACUAGACAUGAACCAGUUGGUGUCUGUGGUCAAAUCAUUCCUUGGAAUUUCCCAUUGUUAAUGUUGUCAUGGAAAAUCGGACCUGCUUUGGCUACGGGUAAAUUAUUUAAAAUAUGAAAAAUGUAUCCAUAUGUAUGAGAUUACUGUGCCAUCAUAUUUUUUACCGGAUGGGCCUAAUUUAAUGUACAUUUUUAAUUAAUAUGAUAAGUAUAUAAUGUUUAACAUAUUAUAAGGAAGUGUUUAUUUCAAUAAGGAGAUUUUUCAUUUACUAGUUAUAUUAUUUGGUUGAGUGGUUCAUUUACUAAAUAGUUGAGUAGCAUAGAAUAAGAAAUUAAUAACAAUGUACAUAUAAAUGUGAUUUAAAGUAAUUUUAUAGUUCUUAUAUUAUACAUUUUAAGUACUUUCAUAUUUAUUUCACUGCUAAAACCUUAUUUUAAUAACUCAUAUUUAUUAAUAUUCAAAUUUUAGUUAGCAAAUAUUCACAACUUAAUAAAAUAUGAGUUUUUAAAAAUAUAUUAGGUGUGUGUGUUUUUAAUAGAACUAUUAAAUUGUCUGGAUCCAAAUCAUAAAAUAAAUCCAAAUGAUUUAACUAUUACUAGAUAACAGGAGAAAUACAAGCACUAAUCACUAAUCUAUAUUAAUGUAAUAAUUUUUGUAAAUUUAAACAGGGAACGUUGUGGUUUUAAAGCCUGCUGAACAGACUCCUCUAACUGCCUUAUAUGUUGCUAGUCUUAUAAAAGAAGCUGGAUUUCCACCUGGAGUAGUAAACAUUAUUCCUGGUUAUGGUCCUACUGCUGGAAAAGCUAUUGUUGAUCACCCAGGUGUAGACAAAAUUGCAUUUACUGGUUCAACUGAGGUAAAUUUAUUAUUGGAAAUUUUAUCAAAAUAUAAUAACAGAUUUUACAAUGUUUUUAAAUUAGGUUGGUCAAAUUAUAGCUGAAAGUGCGGCUAAAAGCAAUUUAAAAAGAGUAACAUUAGAAUUGGGUGGCAAAUCUCCAAACAUUAUUUUUAGUGACACUGAUAUUAACUAUGCUGUGGAAGGUGCUCAUUUUGGACUUUUCUAUAAUAUGGUCAGUUGUACUGUUUAUUUCAAUAGUUUUUUUAAUUUAUAACUCAAAUUCAAAUGGACAUCCAGCAGAAACUAUUAAUGUAUUCUAAAAUUAUAUUAUAACUUUAAAAAUUUUAAAUUUUGGUUUAGGGACAAUGCUGUUGUGCUGGUUCUCGAACAUAUGUUCAGGAUUCAAUUUAUGAUGAGUUUGUUGAGAAGAGUGCCAAGAGAGCAGAAAAACGUGUUGUAGGUGAUCAGUUUGAUCCAAAAACUCAUCAAGGACCUCAGGUUAUAUUUUGUUUUAUUAAUAAUGCCCUGGGCUAGUAUUGUGACCUGUUAAGCAAAAGUUCUGUAACUCGAAAAUAAAAAAACCUAGUUAGCUUCAGAACCUGAUAGAUUACUAAUUGUACAUAUUGUAAAGUUAAAAAAAAGACAUAAUUAUAGUCCAUUGAAAAUGCUGUAACAAACAAAAUUAAUAGUAUUAAGUAAGAAUGUUAUAUCUCAAAUUUACUGAACAUAAAUCUCAUUAAUAUUUUUUUUAGUUUUUAAAUUGUUAUUUUCCUUAUCAUUUAGAAAGUUAUUAUUUCAUUAUGAAAUUGUGAAUUAUUUUAGAUUUUGAGUAAAGCAAGGAAUGUUGUGGAUUUAUUAUUAUGUUUAUUUAUUUAUUUUUUUUCUGUGUAAACAAUUUCUAUCAAAAAUCUUGCUCUGAUUUUCAAGUGUAGCACCUUUUCUAAAAGGAAUUAUUAUCUGGUUGUUAUUUUUUGAUUUUCUUAGCAGUUUUUAUAAUAAUUGGGAAAAAUAGGAAAAUAUUUAAAAAAAAUAAUGGUUAUAUCAUUUUCAAUUUUCAAUUUUUGUUUUAAUUCAGUUAGAAAUGUUCAUAGAAACUGGAAAUUAGGACAUUAAACUUAUAUUUGUUUUCCUAGAUGUGGUCAAAUUUUCAAAACAUUAGAUCUGUUUUAAGUUAUUUAUAGAAGUUAUAAUUUUGCUAGUUUUUAUGUAAUUUUCAUUUGGUGGUAGUACUCUGUAGAUAAAAUUGUUAGACCAGAAAUGUUUGGAAACUUAACAUGAGAUUAUAGCAGGAACAAAUGUACAAAUGUUCAAUGUAAUUAUAUGUAUUUUGAUAAAUGAAUACAAAUAUUGUUCCAUUCAAUUCAAAAUAAUCCAAAUCAUGAACAUAACUGAAGGGUCAAUUAAUUAGGACUAAAGGAAAACUAAUGCAAAUGCAUAUAAAUCUGAGCCAUAACAGAGUUGAUGCAGAUAUAAGAUUAAAAAAAAAAAAAAAAAUGAUAAAUUAAAACUCUAAAUGCACACCUUUUUCUUAUCUAAGAGAUUUUUUUUUCAUUUAAUAAAUUUGGAUGUAACACUACGGUUAUAUAUAUCUACAACCAUGACUUGAUACUAUAUCGAUGCUACUAUUGUUUUCAGCGUUUUUUUAUUUUCUUGAUUUCCAUGAUAAAUUUAAAAUUCUAAGUUUUUUUGGUAGUGUAACAACUGUGUCAUAUAAUGUAUAAAAAAUAUAAUGUAUUUUAUAAUAUUUAUUUGUGUUAAACAAAUAGAUUGAUGAAGAACAAAUGAAUAAAAUUCUUAGCUUGAUUGAAAGUGGAAAGAAACAAGGUGCAUCACUUGUCUCCGGUGGCUCACGAGUUGGUGAUAAGGGCUAUUUUAUACAACCCACUGUGUUUGCCGAUGUUAAAGAUGAUAUGAAAAUAGCAAAAGAAGAAGUAAAUAUUGAAUUAAAUAAUAUUAUAUUUUGAUAUAUUUAAUUGUAAGUUGUAACUUAUAGAUUUUUGGUCCUGUUCAACAAAUAUUAAAGUUUAGUGAUUUUGAUGAGGUAAUUAGCCGAGCUAAUAAUUCAGACUAUGGAUUGGCAGCAGCUGUAUUUUCAAAGAACAUAGAUACAGUUAAUAAAGCAAUUCAGAGUUUCAGAGCUGGCACUGUGUGGUAAAUAAUCUAUAUAUUUUUAACAAUUUCUAUCAAUCUUGUUAUAUUAAAUUGUUUAUAGGGUUAACUGUUACAAUGUACUUGGAGUACAAACUCCAUUUGGAGGUUACAAAAUGUCUGGUCAUGGACGAGAACUGGGUGAAUAUGGCCUACAAUCAUACACUGAAGUUAAAACAGUUAUUGUUUCUACUCCCCAGAAAAAUAAUUAAUAAUAUUCUACAAUUUAACAUUUUUAUACAUAUACUUAUAUUGUACCUAUUUUUAAAUUAAACAAAUGUAUAAGCUUUAUCAUUAUUAAUUAUGAUUAUGAGUGUAUACAUACUAAAAUAAUUAAAAUUAUAUUUUUCAAUCUCAUUUAGUUGAAUUAUUAAUAUUCUUAUUUUUUAUAUUUGUU